AUGGCCAGUUUUCCCGUCCCUGCCAACAAAAAGCUUCCCAACAACACCGUGCCUCCACCACAUUGUGUCCCUCCUUUUAUCACACUUCAAAUGGGAUUCAAUAUAUUCUGUACUUGCACCAUAUCCCAGGAAGCCCAGUUUUGUGGAGUUCCAGCUGCAUUUGAUGAUGAUGAUGAUGAUGAUAAGAUUGUCGGAGGUUACAUCUGCACCAAGAAUUCCAUCCCAUACAUUGUAUCACUAAACAUCGGUUACCAUUUUUGCGGAGGUUCCCUGAUUACCAGCCAGUGGGUGCUCUCUGCUGCUCAUUGCUACAAACCAAGCUUUGAUGUUAGACUGGGUGAGCACAACAUCGCUGUGAGCAAAGACACAGAGCAGUUCAUCAGCUCAGUCAAGGUCAUCAAACAUAACAACUAUAAUAGUUUUACCUUUGACAGUGACAUAAUGCUGAUCAAGCUUGCCUCACCUGCCACCUUGAAUUCCUAUGUGAAUACUGUAUCUUUGCCCUCUAGCUGUGCUGACGCUGGUACCAGCUGUCUAAUUGCUGGAUGGGGAAACACACUGAGUGAUGGAGUAAAUUACCCAGAUCUCCUGCAGUGUCUGAAUGCCCCGAUCCUGCCUUCUUCCCAGUGCAGUAAAGCCUAUCCAUGGAGAUUCACCAGUAACAUGUUCUGUGCUGGAUUCAUUGAAGGUGGCAAGGAUUCCUGCCAGGGUGACUCUGGUGGUCCUGUAGUAUGUGAUGGACAGCUCCAUGGUGUGGUCUCUUUUGGAAGAGGAUGUGCUCAGAUAAACUUCCCUGGUGUCUACACAAAAGUCUGCAACUACAUAAGCUGGAUUGAGAACACAAUAACAUCAAACUGA